GAAAGAAUGUCUGCUGGGUGGAUCCUCGAGGAGACAGUGAGUUUCAUUCUAAACACGUAGUGAACUCUCCCACACAUACAGUCAGUCAGCGCCUCAGCAGCAUGGCAACUCUUUCUAGUCUGCUCUUUUUACUUCUAACUGUGCACUCAGUAAAUGCGCUGAAAUGUUACGUGUGUGGCUCUGCAACAUCAAAUCAGGAAUGUAACAAAAACCUUCAGGACUGUCCGGCUCCUCUGGACACCUGCAUGACCACUGUAGGCACAGCAGGAGGAUUUACCGCCAUUGUGAAGACUUGCUCCAAUUCAAAAAUCUGUGCUGCAGCUGCAGCCUCUGCCUCCGUGGACAGUAACGGAAAUGGCUUGCAGGUGACGUGCUGCAGCAGUUACCUGUGCAACUACAGCGGAGCUGCUAGCGUCACACUGCACAGAUGGCUGCUGGUCCUCCCACUGCUCCUCAUCACCCUCCUCUUCAGACAGCACAUUUGAAAUGUUAAACUUUCAGGGUAU